AUGCCCACCCGUCAGACUGCUCGCCAUAACUCCAUCGGGAACAGCCCUCUACCACCCAACGCCAGCCUCACUACCCUCUAUCACCCUAUCAACCUCUCCCUAUCCGCCAUCACUAACCCCGAAGUCCUCCCCAUCCUCCACCAAACACCCCCAUCACCUCUCAUCUUCCCCGAGCUUCUAUCAGCCUCUCCCAGCCUCCCGCAGACCUUCUUCACCUGCUUCCCUCUGUCCUCUUCGCUAUUCCACAGCUAUUGCCAGUCCAUCCCCCCUUACAGCUCCCAACGUCGCAGCUUUCCUUUCAUCAGCCAUCUCUACCUUUCCGAAGUCUCCACCAGCCUCUCCCAUCCCUCCUGUCCACCUCAACCUUCCCUGUCCUCCACUGAAAAGCCUUCUCUUAGUCUCCACAUGCCUUCCCCUGAUUCUUCUCCCCCAGAAUCAUCAUCUCCCCCUUCCUCCUGCCACUCCUCCCCGCGCUGCCCACCACACCAUCAGGCGCUGCUAAUGCGUUCUGAUCCCAUUAUGAGUCCGAAGAGCGUCAAGCGGGUGUGA